CCUGCCUUUCACCUCCGUCCAUCUACCUUGUGCCGCCUCUCUGGGUCGCAGCGUUGCUAGCCUGCCACUGCCUGGUCCAGGAUCUAGGCGUAGAGGGGAGCACCGCUUGUUGCUCACCUUUGAAUGGUUCCAGCUGAGCUGGAAACCGCCGCAUGUCACUUUCCUUACCUCUUCGCACCUUGCUUGACAUGAAAUCUGCGCUUACCUGAGGCCAAGCAUGAGACCUCCAAGCUAAAGGUAUAGCCGGGCGCUUGUUGGUACCGCAAACAAACGUACCUUCUUCCUACAUUGCUUGUCAUCGCACUACCUCACCCAGGGUAGGACAUUUUCCACUUCACAAGUUCCCAGGUUCCAAUAAAGGACAUUGAAAACGGGCCCAUGAUGAUCGCUAGAGCUGCCGAGGAGCUUUGCGCAUUCAAUUAAAUUGACUUUCGUCUCCCUGCGAUCGUGGAUCUUCGAAACACGGCGAUAGAACAUCCCGACAAAGCAACACCAACCUGGUCUUCUUGUGUACCUUACCGCCGAUUCACUGCCUGGUAGCCACCUUUCUGCCAUCCAAACUUUACCCGGAGGGCCACAUCACAGAACAACCUCUUUAUUCACUUCUGUCAAUAGUCUCAUGGGCAGCCUGUGCUCAAACAUUGAAAAGGACGAUGCACCUGGCGAGAAGGAUGGUCAGGCUAGUAGGGACAUCAAUGCGAAGACCAUCACACGACUCUCUUCCAAGAGGCUGCGGAAGCUUCGACAUCAACGUCAUCACGCUCAUCACCAAAGACACCAAGCAGACAUGGACAAGGCCCAGAAUAUGAUCGAAGCUCACGACGUAGUCAUCGAUAACAUCUUCAAGAUGCGGAAAACCGCCCUCGAUAAGAUCGACGCCAGAAAAAUAGAUGGACCUGACGAGUACUUCGACCAAAGAAAGGAAAUUUUGGACCGCGAGAGUACACUAUCCUUUGAUUUCAGAGCAAAGACGCUGGCAUCAGAGAAGGAGCAGGAAGCCAACGCCAUCAUUCAGCAACUCAAGGUCGAGGACCAUAAGGACGUGUAUAAACCGGCUCCAAAACGGCAAGGGUGGGGUGGUCAGGAACAUGCGCGGUUUGCUGCUGAUCAUUUCCUAUCCAACGUCGAUUUGAUCAACAAAACGAGCCUAUUCCGAGUUGCCGUCAAGAUGCCAAAGGGAGCACACCUUCAUAUUCAUUUCAACGCUUGCUUACAGCCUCAUGUGUUGCUGGGCAUUGCCGAAACCAUGCCCCGCAUGUUCAUCAAAAGCGAUCUGUCGUUGGCGCCGAGCGCGGCAAAGACUAACCUUCACCGUUGUGAAAUCCAGUUUUCCAUCUUGCCGCUCGAUCAGGAAGAGGCAGUUAAGGGAAAUCUUUUCAAGCCCGACUAUCAUCACAAACAGAUGAUGAAAUACUCGGAGUUUAUCAAAGAGUUUCCCAAGCAUUACAACGGCAUGCAGGCCGAGGAGUGGCUCACAAGCAAACUUGUCUUUCACGAAGAUGAAGCACAUAACGCGCUUCAGACAGUUCAGGGAGCAUGGGAGAAGUUCAACGGCCGGACCCGCAUGAUGAAGGGGCUCUUCAACUAUGAGAGCGCCUACCGGAAAUACACACGGGGCAUUCUUGAAGAUUUCGUCCGCGACAACAUUCAGUAUGCCGAGAUUCGGCCUAAUUUCAUGCAAACUAAUCAACUCUGGACUGAUGACGGUACGAGGCAAAUCAACAAUAGGGGUAUCAUGAAAAUCAUCAUGGAAGAAUACGACAGGUUUCAGAAGGAGACCAAAGACUACUUUGGCGGGCUGAAGGUCAUCUACUGCACCCCUAGGUCUUUUGAUGAAGACACGGUGGAAAAUGCACUCAACGAGUGUUUCGAAUUCAAGAAGGAAUGGCCCCAAUGGAUCGCUGGAUUUGAUCUGGUUGGCGAAGAAUCAAAAGGCCACCCUCUGCGAUAUUUCGUCAAAAAAUUUCUCGCCUUCAGGAAGAGAUGUGAGGAAUCUAAGCCUAAAGUUGAUAUUCCGUUUCUCUUUCAUUGUGGAGAGACGACAGACAUUGGCAACGACACGGACGGCAAUCUUGUGGAUGCGCUCUUGCUCAACUCAAAGCGCAUCGGCCACGGAUUUGCUCUGGCCAGGCACCCCUAUAUCAUGGAGCACAUGAAGAAAAGGGGUAUCUGCCUUGAGGUGUGCCCAAUCUCUAACGAGGAGCUUGGUCUCACGCCCCGGAUUACGGGCCACUCAAUGUACAAUUUGCUCGCCAACAACGUACACUGCACAUUAAACUCAGAUAACGGAACGAUAUUCAGAUCAACUCUUUCACAUGACUUCUAUCAAGCGAUGGUGGGUAAGACAGACAUGACUUUGCACGGCUGGCGACAGCUCAUUGAGUGGAGUCUAGAGCACUCUUGCAUGUCAAAAGAUGAGCUCGCGAGCGUGCGCACGGAAUGGGAGAAGCGUUGGGAUGUAUUCUUGGACUGGAUCAUUGAAGAGUUUAAGGAUUUGCCGUUAAAGGUUUCAGAGUAGAGAGCAACCGACAUGCCCGGCUUUUCCUUGGUCUGUUCUGGAAAUACCAUGGGACAGAUGCGGGAAAGUUUUUUUUCAUUAGAAGAUUUAACGAUGAAUGUAUUUAUGAAGAUCAAAAAAGCACUGCCAGA